ACUCAGUUUAUUGUGCGACGCGGUGCGGUUUGAAACUAGUAAUAUUCUCUUUGCAAAUAUUGCGACCGAUUGUUUUAAUUGAAGCUUAAUCAUGCCGAAAAUUGAUCCAGAAACACAGAAGCUUUACGACGAAAUAAACGGCCUGGUACAAAAGUUCAAGGAUGACCAAAAAUCAAAAUCAGAUUGCACCUUGGCCGACAAGUGCGGCGACAUGGGUGAUGUGCCCAAGAUUCGGUUCUCCUCGAAGAAGAUCCUCAAGGGCCACAUCAACAAGGUUAACUCGGUGCACUUCGCCGGGGACUCGCGUCACUGCGUCACGGGAUCUUUGGAUGGCAAGCUGAUCAUCUGGGACACCUGGACCGCCAACAAGGUGCAGAUCAUCCCCUUGAGAUCCGCCUGGGUGAUGACUGUGGCCUUCUCGCCAUCGGGAAACUUCGUGGCCUGCGGAGGAAUGGACAACCAGUGCACCGUGUACGAUGUUAACAACCGGGAUGCCUCCGGAGUGGCUAAGAUGGUCAAGGAGCUGAUGGGCUACGAGGGAUUCCUCAGCUCAUGUCGUUUCCUGGAUGAUGGACAUCUGAUCACUGGUUCGGGAGACAUGAAAAUCUGCCAUUGGGAUCUGGAAAAGGGAGUCAAGACAAUGGACUUCAACGGACAUGCUGGUGAUAUCGCUGGCUUAUCUCUAUCGCCAGAUAUGAAGACCUAUAUCACUGGCUCCGUGGACAAAACUGCCAAGUUGUGGGACGUACGCGAAGAAGGCCACAAGCAGAUGUUCUUUGGCCAUGACAUGGAUGUGUCCUCUGUCUGCUACCAUCCCAGUGGCUUCGGGUUCGCCUCCUGCUCGGAGGACCAGACGGCGCGGAUGUACGACCUGCGGGCGGACCAGCAAAUCGGGCUGUACGAGCCGCCCCAGAAGAACACGGGCUUCACUUCGUGCGCGCUGUCGACCAGCGGGCGCUACCUCAUGUGCGGCGGAAUCGAGGGCAGCGUGCACUCGUGGGACACGAUGAAGCAGCGCCACACAGGCGCUCUGACUGGUCACGAGAACCGCAUCACUUGCAUCAGCCUGUGCCCCAAUGGCAUGUGCCUCGCCUCCACCAGUUGGGACCAGCAAGUGCGUCUGUGGCUCUAAUCGGCUCUGAUCUGGGCUCAAUGUCGACCGAAACCGAAACCGAGGGCAACGUUAGUACGUUUGACUUUGUUGCAAAUACAAAACGCGCUAUUUUUACAGUGUUUUGCAAAUGCAAAGGAAUUUUGCUGAACUUAAAAUAUAGUAAAUUUAACUUGCUUUAACUUGAUAGACAAAUUAAAACCGACCAAAUUUAGAUGAAUUAUUUUAGUUCCCUUUCAGAUUUUUCUGAAUUUCUUUUUAUUUACGUAAUUUGCAUUUGCAAGCAGAUCGUGCCUAAAAUGUUAAUAAAUUAUUGCUUAGCUUCAAGUAAAUAGAAAGUGCAAACUGGAUACGCAUUAAUAAAAUGUACGAUACAAAUCCAAA